AUGACGGAAAAUAAUAAAAAAAGAAAAAUUUUUGAAUCAGCAAGUUCUAACAAUGACAAACCAAAAAACAAAAGAAAAGUUUUAUCAUGGGGCGAGAAAAAACAACUGUGUGAAUUCUAUCAAGAAAAUCCUUCAAUUACCUAUAGAGAACUUGGUAAAAGGUUUGGUAAUAUAGCCGAGAACACUGUAUGUGACAUUUUGAAAAAAAAGGAGAAAUGGUUGAAAGUGGACAUGAGCUCGAACGAUGCAAUGAAACAAAAAGAUAAAACUGCUAAAUAUCCUGAGCUUGAAAACGCCCUCAUCCUAUGGAUGUCGCAUGCUGCAUCUGUCAACAAAAGUAUCAAAGGUGAUGUUAUACUUGAUAAAGCGAAAAGUUUUGCUCAAUUGUUGGGGAUUAACGAUUUCAAAGGUGUUGGUAAUAUAGUUAGAAACAGCGAAGUUAUUCGCAGAUCACCUGAAGAAUUAAUUAACCUCGAGAGAAAAAAAUUACAAGAUAUUAUUAAAAAUUAUCCACUUGAAGAUGUCUUUAACUGUAACGAAUUUGUUCCUGUUGGAGGUAGCAUAGGAGAGAAUGUGGAAGGUAGCGAUAUUGAUAGUAGUACGGAAAUCACAGAGAUUGCUUCCAUAUAA